AUGAGCGUGUAUCGCAGAUUUGGCCACAAUUUGCCUCAUAAGUCGGGCAUCAACGCGGCGGCAUUCGGUCCGGACGCCACCUUUGUCGUCACGGCCACGGCGGAUGGCGGCGUGUAUAUCUGGCGGGCGGAAGAUGGUGCUCUUAUCUGUUCUGCUGCUGGGGAUACGUCUGUGCUCUCGAUUGCAUGGACAGAGAUUGAAGACACGUUCGUGUACGGUACCGCCAGCGGGAAUGUGGCUAAUUGCAGUUUCUCCUCGGAAGACAAUACGCUACAUAUAGUAGGGUUUCUGGCCCACAAUGCACCAGUGAACUGUAUAUCCGUUCGCGGGUGUCUGGUAGUAUCUGGCGCUGGAAGCGAGGUUCGUGUCUGGAAGUGGCGCGAUGACGGGCCAUGGGAUCUAGUCAAAGACGUCUCGAUCCCCGGCGCUGCAACGGUCGGGCGCCCUCGGACAGAAAUUCUGGUGACGGCAGUUGGCUGGGCGAACGUAGCUGAAGAGGGCCCCAUGCUCGUCGCUAGUUACCUCCACCAUGGCGUUUUCCUCUUCGCAAGCGAAUCCUUGACCUGCACAAGGUUCAUAUCCACAGGCGGCAUGACCGUCGGCGCCAGCAUUUCUGAUGAUGGGCGGCUGAUAUCAUUGACCACUCUGGCUGUUGGUUUCGAUAUCUAUUCGCUCGCGACUGGCAAUCGCCUUCGCAGGCUCGCGUAUGACGGAGAGACACGGGCGAUUCCUAGUCGGUUCCUCCAUAGCGACGCGCAGCUUGUAUGUGGGGGAGAAGGGGGCAAAGCGCACGUAUGGGACGUCAUGACUGGCAAUAAGCUUCAGUCGCUUCCCCAUCUCGCUCACGACAAAGUUGUCGUGGUUGACUUCGCUCGUGACCGCAAACUUGGGCGAACCUUGAUCAUCACGGGAGUGUCCGAUGAGCUUAACCCGUACGCCGCGCUGUGGAUCAAGGAAGAGUCCGAGGCUCCGAACGUGGAGCCGGCCCAAUCGGUGCGGUACUCUACCCCUGCUCUGCAUCUUAACUUCGCUGACCACGUCCCUCUGAAGGACCCGCCUUCACGUCUUCUGCGAGAAGUGAGCCGUCUGCGGGCGGCUCUUACCCUCAAGACCCAUCAAGCUCACGGCUUGGCUGUGGUCGUCAACAACCAUAUCCUCAACUACGACUACUAUCGCGACCGCUGCAGGGAGCUUGAGGAUGAGUUGGUGAGGCGCUUUGGGACAGUGGACCCUGAUGCCUUGAGGAUCGUCAUGCCGCUCAGGUUUCCUGACUGA